AUGUUCCGAGUCAGAGGUCUCCUAACCUCUUGGUACCCUGUUACGGUUUCUGCAUCUCUUUUUGUUGCUAAUUUCACCGUCUAUGGAAUUUAUAUGCAUGUACCAAACAGCCGUUUGCGGUACCAGAUCUCUUGGUUUGGCCCUGCAUCAAGCGAGCUUUCCGAGAUUGAACAUGACAUUUCCUGGUCGCAAACUGAGGAUCGAGCUAGUUUCAGGUCCCUCACCAAAGAAACGUUCACCAAAGCUACUAACCUCCGCUGCCUCCAACAACUCAACUCUCCGGCCGGUGCGAAUUCCAUCACAUCAUACCUUGUGACUAUUAUGAAGAUGGUUGGCCAGGGUGGGAUAUCAACAGCAGACAAUAAAUUUCUGAGUGGUAUGUAUUCUUUUGCCAAGCUCUGGUUUACCCUGAUCGAAGGUCCUGUUUUAGAUGCAGCCGUACAAGGUGCUAUUGCGAUGCUUUUUAUCUACGAGUUUAGAUAUACGGUCGGUCUCUUGAUUCUACCCUAUGUAUUUGGUUCUGAACUAUGGCCUAACCAAAUUCGCUCCUUUGGUACCGUGCUAGGGUCCUCCUUUUACUGGAUCUUUGUCUACGCAGUUAAGUAUAGUAUGCCAGUUAUGUUAACCAAUUUCCACAACUGGGGGGGAUUUAUCUUCUUUGCUGGUUGGGUCUUCAUUAUAUUUGUAUAUGUCUUCUUCAUGGUUCCCGAGGUUGCAGGUAUGACCGUUGAGGAGAUCGAGGGCGUGUUCGAAGGACCUUGGUUCAUAGCGUACAAACGGAACCCAAAGGUUUUGGAGGGCAGUGUCAGUAAUGACCAGGAUGAUGACUUCAAGCACAACAUCAACAAGAAUGAUAGCAACCAUGGCGCCGCAGUUAGGCAAGUAUAA